UUCUGGCUUCUGGAAUUAUAAUUUCCUUGAUCAUAGUAUUUAUUCUACCAUCCAAUUCUAAGAAAAUGGGAAGAAAUUUCUCCAAUAUUAUCGUUGCUAUUUUAUUGUCUGUCUUCCUGUCCUUCUCAGGCCCUAUAAGCGCAAAAGGGGUCGACAAAACCUCAACCGCCGUUGAGCAAAGAACAUGUCGGAAUGUGCAACAAUCUUGCGGAGGUAUGUCAGCAUACCGAUGUUGUGACGGGCUAGACUGCAUUCUCCAAAGUGACUACCCAGGAGCAACCGGUACAUGUAUGCGACGAACAUGUAAGACCGCUAGGCAAUUCUGUGGAGGCAUCUCUGGUUAUCAAUGUUGUCAAGGAUUAAAAUGUGUACUCGACAGUGAUUAUCCAGAUUCCGGCGGAGUUUGUGAACCAAGAAAAUCAUGUCGCAACGCUUACCAACUUUGCGGAGGUAACAAUAGAUUGAAAUGUUGUCAAGGAUUAAGAUGUGUACUCGAUGGCGAUUAUCCGGACUCUGGUGGAGUUUGUAUGCCAGGAAGAAAAUGUCAAGAUCAAUAUGAAACUUGUGGAGGUAGCACUGGACUUCAAUGCUGUGAUAGAUAUAGAUGUCUCUAUGAUGCUGGUAGUUACCUUGACGAUGCUGGUGUUUGUGUGUUAUCUUACAAUAAGCAGAGUUCUUCAUCCAUAUGAUUACAUUACUCCACUUCUCGUGGAUCAUUUUCCAAUCUUUUCCAUUAAUCCACUUCUUUGCAAAACACAAGCUAGUCACCAUCUGGAAUUUCACAUGAUUUACGUUAAUCAAGUGUUUAUCUUUCUUGUAUUAAUCUUAGUUGUGCUAUGAGCCUAUGAGUGUGAAUGUGUCAAGUGUGAUGCUUAAAUUAUUGCCUGUUGGUUGUAAAAUUUUCAAUAAUAUACUUGUUUUCUUAAGUUUGAAAUAACAAACGUAUUCUUUCUGUU